CUCCUAAUUAGCCUCCACUAAUAACCAUCAUCAUUAACCUUUGCCUAAUAUUUAAUUUGCUUCAUCACGUAUUUCUUUUCUCACGCUCUUAUAUUAUAAUCUUCUUGUAAAGAGGAAAAAAAGAAAAGAAAUCCAAUGUCCAACAACACCGCCACCUUUGAAAUUACGGUGGCCGCCGGGGAAAGUGCUCCGCCGUCAAAUUCCUUCUCCAAAACCGAUGAAGCAAUAAGAUAUCUCUCCACCAUCCUCCCCUCAAUCCCUUCCUCCCUCUCCUCUUCCUCAAACCCCUCCCUUUCCCUCCUCCACGACCCCGAGAUUUCCACCCACAUCUCCGCCCUUCUCCGCCGCCCCUCCGCCGGCACCGGCGACGACAACCUCUGCCGCUGGCUUUAUGACGCCUUCCAGUCUGGCGACCCCGGCCUCCACCUCGUCGUCCUCCGUUACAUCCCCCUCCUCGCCGGCGCGUACCUCUCACUCGCCACCCUCUGGCGCCCCCUAGCCGGCUUCGAGGCCAUCCUCCUAGCCCUCUACUCUCACGAGACUACUUCACGCGCCGGCCAGCCUGUCACAGUCAACGUCCCAGACAUGUCCCACCCAAGCCUCUACCACGAGUCGACGUCACCAGCAAAGAACAACUCGACGGCUCUCAAUCUAAGCAUCGUCUCACCGACGCUGGAGCCCCAUGGCGCGGUGAGGUCCACGCGCCGGGCGAGGAUCGUGGGGGUGGCAUUGGAGCUUUACUUUGGCAAGAUCCACGAGAUGCCCAAGAGUUCCAAGAUUGAUUUCUGCGAGUUUUGCCGGGUUUGGGCUGGUGAUCGUGAUGAUGAUCGAAAUAAACAGUCCGAUCCGAGCAGAGUCGGAGAAGUCAACGAUAGUGAAGAUGGCGUGGCUGGGAGGCGUAUUCCUCUACCAUGGGAGCUGCUGCAGCCGAUUCUGAGGAUUUUGGGGCACUGCGUUAUGGCGCGUUGGGCUAAUGACAAGGAGGUUUUUGAUGCGGCCAAGGACGCGUGUAGGAGUUUGCACGUGCGAGCCGUGCAUGAUACAAAUGCAAAGGCGAUUUUGGCGGCUGAGAGUUUGCUCAGGCUUGGGAAUAUGGCGAGUUUGGAAUUAACAAACGAGGAUGAGGCUGCUGAUCCUACUGAAAUUCCUACGACCAAUAUUCUUACACUUAAUUAGGUUAUAUAUCAUUAGGAUAUUUCCUAUAAACAAAAUAUAUAUUUAAUGGUGUUUUAUCACUUCAUUUUAGUUUUUGCCAUAAUGGCGUGCAAAAACAUGAAAUCA